AUGCAUAUUCUUAAACGAAUGGCUCCUCGGCAUCAUCAACAACAAAUUCAUUGCGAUUCAGGAGAAGGUAAUCGUGUUUGUGGUAGUGUAGCACUGGAAAUUGGAAAAGACUUUCUACUACCAGAUUCUUCUGUAAUGCCCGAAGGUGAUAACGCAUUUACGGGAACAUCUUCAUCAUCAUCAUCAUCAUCGCCCUUUAGAGCAGACUCUCAGUCUCAGUUGCAUCCUAGUGAUGAGGAAAAUGAUUAUAUUCUUCAGAGUCGACGAGAGAAGAACCGAAAAGCAGCCCAAAAAUGCCGAGAAAAGAAGAAAGAAAAAAUAAGAAUUCUGGAAAAUACUGUCAAAGACCUUAACAACGAUAUUCGAAUUCUUAAGUGUCGAAAUACCAAAUUGGAAGAGGAAAAAGAACGCCUGGAAUAUCUCUUGAAACUCCACAAUCGUUGCUGUCCUCUCAAAGUCGAAAACGAAUUUGUAGACGUUUAUCCCGCGGAGGAACAGUUCAAUCCCGGCGAAGAGCAGGUCCCCAGAACAUCUCACCAGGUUUACAGAGACCAGUCAAUCAUUCCACCAGGUUAUUUAUAUCAGACGGAGACUUACCACGCUCAGUGA